UGCCUAUGUGGCGCUGAUGCUAUGAAGUCUCUACUCCACAUGACCUUCUCUAACUACAACAAGAUGGUGCCACCAAGACACCACUAUGACCAGCCAAUCAACGUCACCGUUAGAUUGGUCGUGCCUUACAUUGAAAGUUUGGAUGUGAAAAAUCAACUUUUAAAAUUUGUUGGAGUUUUUAAUUUGGUGUGGACUGAUUAUUUCCUCCAGUGGGACCCAGCACAGUAUGAUGGUAUCAACACUAUCGUCGUACCGCGAAGUCUGGUUUGGUUUCCCAAUUUUAUGAUAGUGAAUGCUAAAAACGAUCCCCUAGACUCGAAUGGAGACGAACAGAUUGUGAACGUCCAGAGUGAUGGGACAGUUUUGUAUACACCCAGAGCGUCCUUGGAAGUACCCUGUACGAUCGAUGUUUCAAAGUUUCCUUACGAUCAUCACAUUUGCGGCCCGAGCGUGUCGUUAUGGAUGUUUGACAACACAUCUGUCCAUUUGAUGGCACCACAGACAGGCAUCAACUUAGAACAGAUGUCUCCCAACGGUCAAUUUGAUGUGACACCUAAAGGGGUCUUGGCCGCUCAAUUCGAUUACAAUGGGCGUUUCUUUGAUUCUCUUCACUUUCAACUGGAAAUGACCAGGAGGCCUGUCUAUAUGACACUGACAAUUUUGAUUCCCGUAUUUUUAAUAUCUUUGUUGGAGGGUGUGUCACUGGUCAUGUCACCCCAAGAGCCAGAGAGAUUGUCUAUUUCUAUUACCAUCUUGUUGUCCUUCACAGUUUUUCUUGGGAUCAUAAACGAGAAUCUGCCGGAGACUUCUGAACAUAUCUCACUGAUAGUGGUCUACGUCACCGCGCUGCAGUUACUGGCCUUCUUGGUUGUCAUUGGCAACGCCAUUGUUUACUCCGUGCACUACAAGAGCUCACGUCUAAAUGGGAUGAGUGACAAACGCCAUGCUUCUUCCUCAACGUGCUUGAGGCACACCAAGAUCUCGCCAGCCAAGGAAAUCAGCGAGACAUCUGAGAACGAGGCUAACUCGGAGUGCGCCAGUGACGUCUGCGUCGUGACUCCAGUCAGGAGACCGUCCAAAAUGGCGUCAUCAGCGGAGAAGUUGAACACUUACUUUGUAGUGACCCACAUAGUUCUAUUCAUGCUGGUCACGUCUGUUACACUCGUCAUUAGUUUUCUCACUUAGUUGGAAACAGAUAUUGACCAUCUUUUUCUUCUGUCCUGACGGCACUAGGAAGUAAUGGUUAGGAUUAGGGUUAUGUCCAUACCUAUUAUACUAAUUACGUCAUUUACGUCUUUGUCGUCUGCUAGCACCCAAAUAUUUCUUUCUUUUUUUUUUAAUUAAAUUGUAAGCACUAAAUAAAAUCUACUAGAUCUGUGUUUUUCACUCUAGCAUCGUCUUACCAGCUAAAACACUCCACUUCUGUAACAAAUUCAAAUCAUAUAACAAACUUUACUGACUUGCGUAUACAAUGUCAAAAUUAAAAUAUUUCGGCAUUAAAGGUUCACUGCAUCAGUGGAUUAAAGAUUUUCUGAUAGGGAGAGAACAAACUGUAAUAAUAAAUGGCUCUAAAUCAACACCGAUAACAGUAAACUCAGGUGUACCUCAAGGAACAGUCUUGGGUCCACUACUAUUUUUAAUUUACAUAAAUGAUUUACCAAAUUGCAUUACUUCAGGAACAAAAGUCAGAUUAUUUGCAGACGAUUGCAUAAUAUAUAGAACAAUAAAAACAACACAAGACACAUAUAUUUUACAAAGAGAAUUAGAUGAAUUACAAAAAUGGGAAUCAAAUUGGAGCAUGUCUUUCCACCAGAAAAAUGUCAGUUGUUAAGAGUAACAAAAAAACUAAAACAAAUUUAUUCCACUUAUCUUAUUCAUGGCAAACCAGUAACACAGACUAAAAACGCAAAAUACCUAGGUGUUAUAAUAAAUGAAAAACUGUCAUGGAAUCCACAUAUUGAUGAAACUACAAAAAAAUCAAACAAAGCAUUAGGAUUUAUUAAAAGAAAUUUCUAUAAAUCAAAUAAGAACAUAAAACUAAAAUGUUAUUUAACCUUGGUUAGACCAAUAAUAGAAUAUGCAUCCUCCGUUUGGGACCCCUCAACUCAAGAAAACAUUAAGAAACUGGAACAGACACAAAAUAGAGCAGUGAGAUUCAUAACAAACGAAUAUUCACAUUUGACUAGAGUAACACCUUGAGUAAAAUCACUAAAUUUAGAAAGCCUUCAGGACAGAAGGCUCAAAAGUAAAGUAGCAAUCAUACAUAAAACACUGAACCAUAAUCUUCAAUUACAAAAACAAAAUUUAAUAAAAUACUCUGAAAGACACAAAGAUAAAGGUACAUUCCUCGUCCCAUAUGCUAGGACAAAUUUGUACAAAUGCUCCUUCUUCCCUAGUGCUAUUAGAGCAUGGAAUGGGUUGCCUGAGCUAGCCAGGAAAACCAGUGACUUGGCAGAAUUUAAGUCAUUGGUUAAUAUGCAUGACUAAAUGCGUGACGCGUAGGACGUAAUCAUCUUCUUUUUUUUGAAGUAACGUCUGUAUUAUAUAAGAUAAGAAGAUGUCAUCACAUAAUAUAAUUAACUUACAAGAAUUAGAGGGGCAGUGAACUACAAAAAAUAUUCUUCAAAUUCAAAACUAAUAACGCAUUUCCUCAUCAGUUCUGUUAAUUAAAAUCAGAUCUAAAAAUAUUUUUUAACAGCAUCUUUAACACUUCAUUUACGUAAAAUCCAUUUACUAGAGAAAAUCAGUUACAGUAAACCAUUGACAUAUAUAAAUACAGACACAAGAAUACAGAUAUAGACCAGAUUUAUAGGUCUGUGAUAUCGACCGAAACAGCAUAAAAAUGUGUAAUCUUAUAGAUAGGCAUAUAUAUAUAUAUAUAUAUUUAAAUAUAGGCUUUAUAUAUCUUCGGACUCGAAGACAAGCCUUAUAUAUAUUAUAUAUUACAGACGUUACAUGUCUUGUGCUUAAAAGCAAGCUAGCUUGUAUCUCUUUCGUUGAUAGUCAAAGUCCCAAUAAUAACACUAAAGACUUGUCUGGCGUAUUGUAGGCCUAAUUUACGUAUGAACAUUUGUUUUCGUCAAUAAACCUAAUUAUGAGCAUA